UUUGCAUACUUAACAUCAGAAGAACAACACAUGUGACAGAAGACCACGUGAUUACUAAAAAAAAAAAAAAAAAAAAAAAAACCCAACAACACAACUAGACUUCAGAACAAUGAAGGUGUUAGUCCUGCUCGGAGUGCUCCUGUGUUUUGUUGAGUGGUCGACAUCCAUCCCCAGUGACUUUGUAUUCCCACCCCUAAAGAAUGGGGGGAAGAACUGGGCCCUGCUGGUGGCUGGCUCCAAUGGCUGGGGAAAUUAUAGACACCAGGCUGAUGUGUGUCAUGCCUACCAAAUCCUGAAAAAUCAUGGAAUACCAGAUGAACAAAUUGUUGUCAUGAUGGUGGACGACAUUGCAGAUAAUAAAAUGAAUCCUACCCCGGGUAAAAUUAUCAACAGACCCGAUGGUGAUGAUGUUUACCAUGGCGUACCAAAGGAUUACACAGGAUUAAAGGAAGUUCUCCCAGACAUUUUCUUGAAAGUUCUACAAGGUAAAAAAGAAGAACUCUUGGGUAUUGGGUCAGGAAAAGUUAUUGACAGUGGCCCUAAUGACAACGUCUUUGUAAAUUUUGUUGACCAUGGUGGUCCUGGUAUUGUAGCAUUUGGAAGAGUGUUUCUGCAUGCCAUGGACUUGAUAGAAACCCUUGAUAACAUGCAUAAAGACAAAAAGUUUGCCGAGUUGCUGUUUUACAUGGAGGCGUGUGAAUCUGGAUCAAUGUUCCAGUAUCUGCUGGCUAAAAACAGAAACAUUUUGGCAGUGACGGCAUCUAAUGCCACCACUUCCUCCUACGCCUGCUACUUUGAUAAGAAGAGGAAGACAUAUCUUGGAGAUGUUUUUAGUGUCAAGUGGAUGGAGGACUCGGACAAGGAAAAUCUGAACGAGGAGACAAUUGAAAAACAAUUCAAGAUUGUUAAGAAGGAGACAAACACCAGCACAGUCUGUCAAUUUGGAGACAUGAAAAUGGAUUCAUUAAAAGUAUCUGAAUUCCAAGGAUCAGCCCAGUCCAAUCAAAUAUUCGUGCCCAUCCCUGACCCAAAUGUUGGAGCGGUUCCCUCAGAGGAUGUUGAUCUACACAUCAAUAUGAAUCUAUUCAAACUUUCCACAACAGCCGAGGAAAGGAAAUACUAUUCUGAAAAAAUCGCACAGGAAUCCAUGAGACGAGGAAAAGUUGCACCCCUGGUGAAGUUGAUUGUUUCCAUAGCAAAAAACCAUGAUAACACAGAGGUGGAUCGCAUCCUGAAUUCACGGAUGGGACUGGCUAGGCCUGAGUGUUAUAAAGCAGUAGUGGAACAUUUGGCUGAUACCUGUUCCCAGCUGGAACUCAGACAGCAAUUUGGAUAUGCUUUCAAACAUCUGUAUGCCUUUGUGAACCUUUGUGCGGAGAGCGUGCCCACUGAAACCAUUAAGGAAGCCAUUUCGAAAGGAUGCCGCUUCUGUAACUGUGCGUUCAAAAGAUGGCUGUCCAAUACCAACUUCGGCAACCCCGCGAACUGGAACGCUGGGCGUCCGCCUUGUGGCAACGAUGUAGCGGUCAUCCACGAGGAGAGUGCGGCGGUGUUUCUACAAGUCAAUUCCACUGUCAAAGAAUUGGUCAUGCCCAUUAACGGCGAAGUAGUGUUCGGCGCCAAUGUUGUACUCGGUUUUACUGAGCAGCCAGAUCACAGCGCCACCUGCACACCGUACUCUUCUGAUGUUGAGUUUAACGUAACGUAUCCCAGAGAUUGGUUCGAUGCCAGCAACUGGUGCGAAACGGACUCGGAGACUGGCGAUUGUAAGGUCAUUCCAAGACUGGAUUCUGAGAAAGUGCCAUGCAUGAAUGACGAUGUUGUCUACCCAUCUGGGAAUUCUUUCUACGUUAAUUUGGAGACGGGCCUUGAUGUCAAGAUCAACACUCUCAAAAUUACAGGAAAGGCAUAUACUACAGCCACAUUUCAGUCUUUUUUGUCCACUGACCAAGGCAAAGGGAUGUUUCCUCUACCCGCAAACAACGGCCAGAGAUCUACCGUCACCAUCCUGAGACGCCCCUGUACUGACCCCACGGGAUGUCAGUGUGGGAACAACCAGAAGGAGUUGCUGAGCCGCAUAUGCGCAAUACAACAAAAACGAUGCACAAAAGCACAAUGCCGUACACCAUUGAAGCCGAUAGGGCACUGCUGUGACAUAUGUGGUGGCGUCGUAGUAAUGAAAUAUGGUUCCGGAUUCCGGUUCGAUACCUUGUUGAACGGUAUUCGCAGAAAUGUUAUCGACGGAAGAGCAGAAUAUAAAGACAUCCAAGUGAUCACCUCUAAAAUCGACGAGGGUGUUGUCCAGGUGGCGCUGGUAGAUACAGACGGCGUGAGAGCAUCUCAACUAGCAAGGGCAAUCAACAAGGAACUACAAAAUGAUAUCAAUGCUGGUGGCUUUCGAUACAGCGUGCUGAGUGUAAUCACAGAAACUUCUGUUGGUGGUAGUUCCUCAGGUCCAACGGCGGGGGCUCAGAAAUCGGAACCACUGCCUAAAGGAGAAAUAGCUGGCUUUGUUGUGGGUGGUGCUGUGCUUUUGGUGGUGGUGCUUUUAGCAGCCAUAUUCGUUUAUAGAAGAAAAAAGAGUACUACUGAUGACCUAGGAUUUAAAGUGUUUGAUAAGAUCACCUUUAAAAAACCGAACUUCCGAAAGCCGCGUGUGGAAGUUCCACCAUCUUUUGGUUUCCGGUUUGGUGGACCGGAGAAUGUGGGGCCUUCUCAAGGUUUCGACAAUCCGAUGUAUGGAAACAACCCCCUUGAAAAUGAGAAGCCUAUGGAUAUAGAGAUGAUGCCAAGUUCUCUGGGUCUGGAACAAGAAGAACAACCCGCACUUGAUUCCUCACGGGGCUUUGACAACCCACUAUACGACAACGCCCCCCUCAAUGAGUCGAUGUUUACAGACCCGUCUGUUGUUGAGAAAGAUUCAUCCAAUUUAGAGGCGAGACCCACCAGCUUUGUCAAUCCUAUCGCCAUGAUGGAUGAAAAGCCAGAUACAUAAAAUGUCUGCUGCUCACGGACGUGGGACCUUCUAUUGCCCUCACUAACUUUUCUUCCCUUUUCUUUGAUUACAGCAAGUUAUUUGUUAAGAAGUCUGAAAAUGUUGUAAAUUUGAACUUAAAAAGAAA